UCCUUUAUAAUAGCCCCCACCAUGGAACCUAUUCUUUAUCCCAAUCUCAUCAGUUCCAUUCUCUUUGCCUAUAGUUCGCUAGUUUCUGUACGUCCCAUUCCCUAAACCAAACCACCCACAGGCAAUGGCCACUACUCCCAAUAAUAGACUCUCUCUUGCCAUGGAGAGAACUGGCCAAUGGGUUUUCUCUCAAGACAUACCAAGUGAUGUUAUAGUUGAAGUUGGAGAAGCCACUUUUUCCCUCCACAAGUUCAUGCUCGUGGCGAAGAGCAACUACAUAAGAAAACUGAUACUGGAAUCAGAAGAGAGCGAUCUCACCAGAAUCGACCUCUCCAACAUACCAGGAGGCCCCACAAUCUUCGAGAAAACCGCGAAAUUCUGUUAUGGCGUCAACUUCGAGAUAACGGUCCACAACGUCGCCGUUUUGCGUUGCGCCGCGGAGUUCCUCCAGAUGACCGACCAGUACUGCGAAAACAACCUCGCCGGCAGGACGGAGGAGUUUCUCACGCAGGUCGCGUUCUUCACGCUCACCGGCGCCGUCACCGUCCUCAAGUCGUGCCGCCACCACCUCCCCUACUCCGACGACAUCAACCUCUUGAAACGCUGCGUCGAGGCCGUCAGCGCCAAGGCCUGCAGCGAGGCGAAUUUCCCCAGCCGCUCGCCGCCGAACUGGUGGACGGAGGAGCUCGCCGUCCUCGACAUCGAUUUCUUUUCGAGAGUCAUCGCCGCCAUGAUGCAGCGCGGCGCGAAGGCUCUCACCGUCGCAGCCGCGCUCAUCGCCUACACGGAGCGAGCGCUCCGUGACCUAGUCCGCGACCACACCGGAAACGGAAUCCGGUCGUCAGAUCCCGGCGACUCCGAUUCCAGAUCCAAACAAAAAAAGCUUCUGGAGUCGAUCGUAGACCUCUUCCCGGCGGAGAAAGCCGCGUUCCCGAUCCACUUCCUCUGCUGCCUCCUCCGCUGCGCGAUCUACCUCCGCGCCUCCGCCGCCUGCAAGAGCGAACUCGAGAAGCGAAUCUCCGCCAUCCUCGAGCACGUGACCGUGGACAACCUCCUCGUGCUCUCGUUCACCUACGACGGCGAGAGACUCUUCGAUCUGGAAAGCGUCCGAAGAAUCAUCUCAGGAUUCGUGGAGAAAGAGAAAAGCAACGCGGUCUUCGUCCCCGGCGAAACCUCACCGAGCUCGACCGCGAUGCAGCGCGUGGCGAAAACCGUCGACGCUUACCUCGCCGAGAUCGCCGCGUACGGCGAUCUCGGCAUCUCGAAGUUCAACGGCAUCGCCAUCUUGAUUCCUAAAAACGCGCGUAAGGUCGACGACGAUAUAUAUCGUGCCGUGGAUAUCUAUCUGAAGGCGCAUCCGAAUCUUGACGAGAUAGAGAGAGAGAAGGUGUGCAGCGUGAUGGAGCCGUUGAAGCUGUCGUACGAGGCGCGUGUGCACGCGUCGCAGAACAAGCGAUUGCCGGUGCAGAUUGUGCUGCACGCGCUUUACUACGACCAGCUGCGGCUGAGGAGCGGGGCGGAGGAGCGUGAGGCGGCGCCGGAGAAGAAUGAGCUUCAGAUGGACGUGUCGUUGGUGAGGGAGAACGAGGAGCUGAGGACCGAGUUGAUGAAGAUGAAGUUGUUCAUUUCGGAUUUGCAGAAGAAUAACGGUACAAGUGCGAAUGCGAAUCCUCAGGGGAAUGGAACGACGUCGUCUGGUGCAGCCGCUAAGAAGACCACGUUCUUCUCUUCCGUGUCCAAGACGCUGGGGAAGUUGAACCCAUUUAGAAACGGCUCCAAGGAUACGACCCAUUUGGAAGAUGGGCACGUGGAUUUGACCAAGCCCAGAAGGAGAAGGUUCUCUGUGUCUUAGAUUUUACUCAAACUUGCUAUGCACUGUUCUUUGUGAUUUUUCUUUUCUUGUUCUUUUAGUGUUUGCGAUUUAUGUUUUCUACGAUUAGAAUUCAUAUGGUUUCCGAGGGUACGUUUCUUCAGGAAUCAUGCAUCAUGGUCCAUGGAUCAUGGAUCAUGGAUCAUGGAUCAUGGAUCAUGCCAAUAUUCAUGACAAGUCCUACCUUGUUUCUCUUCUCUAUUCUAAAUCUCGCCAACUUCUCAUCAUAUUGUCUUAAUUAAUUAAUUGUUUAAUAUACUAUGUAUAUAAUAUUAAGGAAAA